AAAUAAAUCAAUUGAAUUUACUUGUAAAAAGAAGUUAGUCAAUUUAUAUACAAACUAGAAAAAGCUGAAAUAAGAUGAGCAAAAAAGAAAGCGGCAUAAAAAUAUCUGGUAUUACACAAGCUUACAAGUAGAUAAAAAUGAAACUUAUCAAAAAUUAAUUCAACACAUUCACAUAUCGCUGAUGAAAUGGAAUUCUAGAUCCAACGAAAUUCAACUCGUAAAAAAGAUGUGUGUGGAGUUUUAGUAAUCAGUACAAUUCACAGCAUUGACGUGUCACUUGACCAAUCACUAUUCAAGUAAGAAUGUGGAAACGACUGUGGAUUAUAAUUGCACUUGUUAUAAUAGCCGUAACCGCAGAACCUGCGGUUGACAACGAAGAACAUGCUGAUGAUACCAGAGAAGUAAAUAGAGAUCAGAUGGAUAUAAAUAUUCCAGGAAUUGACAAAGAAUUACCUUCUCCAGAAGAAUUCCUUAAAAUGUUAGACUCAAUGUCUAAUUUAUCAGAUGAAGAGAAAGAGAGUUUACGAGAAUAUAUUUCUAAAACUCCUGAAGGUUUAAAAAAUAUCACUGCUGGUGGAGAAAAAAGUUUUAUGUAUCAAAUGUUACUACUCUUUUCAAUGCUUACAGUAAUUUCAGUGAUUUUUGUUUUCUUUGGAUAUAAAUUAUACAAGAAUCUAAUUGAACGAGACAUACGUCGUGAGAUGAAGAAAAAACAGAAGGAAUUGAAGAAAAAGAAAUGAAAAUAGCUGAAUCAUUGAACAGAUUAUUGCAAUUUUAUUAAUAAAGUUUGUUAAUAAUUGA